UUUCCUCUCGCUAAUAAGUGUCUCUUGGACGAGGAGAAUUCUUUUUACUAAAUAAAGUAAUAAAUAUGCCGAGAGUUAUAGAGAGCGCGCGCGCGAGCGCCUCUGAGAUCGAUCUGUUCUCCUCCUAUUCUCCUCUUCCCUGGGCUCUUUAGGGUUUCGGUUUCCCUUCGUUUUCUUCUUUUCUUGGAUCUUCUUCUUCUUCUUCGUCUCUUUUGCUCUUGCUCUCUAGGAAUUGGGAUUGGGAUUGAGAAUUGCAUUUGGAUUUGGUUUCGGGGAUCUGUAGUUGGGUGGAGAGAGAGGGGAGACAUGAAGUCGUCGCUGAGGAAGCUGCGGGGUUUCGCGCUCCACAGGCACGACUCCAAAAAGAAGAGGGAGCACCACCCCCCGACGCACCAGGACGAGCUCCUCCAGGCCUCCCAGGACAUGUCUGACAUGAGGAAUUGCUAUGAUAAUUUACUUUAUGCUGCGGCUGCCACUGCAAAUAGUGCACACGAGUUCUCAGAAGCCUUGAGGGAAAUGGGCACUUGUCUACUUGACAAAACUGCAUUAAAUGAUGAUGAAGAAAGUGGUCAUGUUUUAUUACUGCUGGGGAAAGUGCAGUUUGAACUUCAGAAACUUGUAGAUAGCUAUCGUGUGCAUAUUGUUAAGACCAUCACAACCCCAUCAGAGUCUCUUCUGAAGGAACUUCAAACAGUAGAGGAGAUGAAACGCCAGUGUGAUGAUAAAAGAGAUAUGUAUAAGUUCAUGCUAGCGGCACAAAGAGAAAAAGGAAGGUCAAAAAAUGCCAAUGGUGAAAGUUUUUCUCCACAGCUGUUGCAAGCAGCUCAAGAAGAUUAUCAACAAGAGGCAACCCUUUUUGUUUUUCGCUUAAAAUCAUUAAAGCAAGGGCAGUCCCGAAGUCUUUUGACACAGGCUGCUCGUCACCAUGCUGCACAGUUAAAUUUCUUUAGGAAAGGAGUAAGGUCUCUUGAGGUGGUUGAGCCACAUGUCAAAGCAAUAGCUGAACAACACCAUAUUGAUUAUCAGUUCAGUGGACUUGAGGAUGACACAGAGGACGACGAUGAUGAUGAUGCAGAUGAAAAUAAUUAUGAUGGUAAUGAUGAUGAUGAGUUGAGUUUUGCCUAUGGACAAAAUAACCAUGGUCAAGGUCAUUCUGUAUAUAGAAACUCAACGGAGGUGAGAAGAUACCUGUUAGAUCAACUGGACCAAACAAAUGCCCCAACAUCAACUACUGAAACUGCACAGGAAAAUAUAGACCACAGCCAAGCAGAAACUCCAUUCAGUAGGGGGCCUAGGGUUGUUAGCCUAUCAGAACCACUUUUAGCAGAUAAAAGGUUCGAACCAUCUGAAAGGAUAAAACAAAUGCAGCCUUCAUCAACAAGGAAGUUUCACACUUAUGUUCUGCCUACACCAGUUGACGUGAAAAGCUCAGAUUUAGCAGGGUCAGGUACUUCAGUUUCUGCACCUCGGCUAGAAAGAAAGGAUGGCUGGCCAACACAGUUGUGGCAUUCCUCACCAUUGCGGCCAAACAUGCAUGUGAAAGAAUUCAGAAAUGAUGAACUGUCAAGCCCUACCAGAUUGCGUAAAGCACAGUUGGUACUUAAAGAAAGCAAUGCGAAUAGUGGUCCCAUCAGAAUGCCCUCUCCUUUGAAUGAAGGGCUUCCGUUGCCACAGGCAAAUCUACUCAAUGCUUUGGACUCUAACAGGAUAAAGAGACAAGCUUACUCGGGUCCAUUGACAAGUCAAGCACGGCCAGGCAAGCCCACAUUUUCAGUGGAUUAUCAUCUUGCAGCUUCUGCAAAGCCAACACAUUUUCCCAUGCCUCAGCCAUCGACGUCACAAAACAUGUCCCCUAGGGCCUCACCUCCUAUAGCAUCACCAAGAAUUAAUGAACUUCACGAGCUUCCAAGACCUCCAAACAGUUCAGUGAAAUCUGCAAGACCAUCUAGUAUAAUCGGUCAUUCAGCUCCUUUAGUAUGCAGAGGUCAAGAGCUUUAUGCAACAAGUAAAAUGCAACUAAAUGCAUCACAAACAGCAUCACCACUACCAACACCACCUGUGGUUAUGGCUCGUAGUUUUUCUAUACCCUCUAGUAGUCCAGGAACACCAUCGCUAGCAAUUGCUAAGAUGUUGGAGGUUCCUCAAAAUCAGAGCAGAACUACAGAUGUAUCUUCACCUCCUCUGAGACCAAUAUCUUUGAUAAACGUACAGUCCACAUCAACAAUUUCAGAAUCAGUAGCUCAGGCCACAAAAGCAAAGGACCUUUGUGAUCAGAACUCACUUUAGCUGUUCAAAGACAAUGAAAUGGACAGCAGUCUCCUCAUGCGGUUUGUGUAUAUAAUAAUUCUUAGUUCCCCCUUGUAAUCUUGGUUUUUGUCAGCUAUUGAUUAUGAUUUUUAGGAGAACAAGCGCCAAUGCGUCAAAUAAGGAAUCUAUUUGGUGUACUGUGAUACAUUACUUAAGCAUUUUGUUUUGUGACAUCCAUUAGAGCUUCUUUUCUUCCUCAUACCCACUUUAUUCUCUCCCUUCAGUGAUCAGAAAUGAAAGACUUUAUUGUGAA